AUGGAUAUGGAUAUGGAUUUGGAUUUGGGAACUAUAGUUCCCUUAUUGAUAGACCCAGAUAUCCCAACUGACCACCAAAGGGCCAGAGAUCUUCCCCAUCCUCAUCAUUACGCCUCACUACCGGUACCUCCAGCCGAGGCGCCGAUAUUACUUCCACCCCUCACCUCAGUCGAGGCGCCCCAGGACGAGGACGAGGGCGACGACGAAAUGGAUACCAGCUCUAGUUCGAUACAGUCUGAUAUUGAAACCCUCCACCUACGAGUCCGCCCCGAUCUCCAAAAUCCGUUGAAGCGAAUCAUAACUACAGUUCUCUCAAACGGCGAAGAAGAGCCUCAUCUCCCUGCUCAAAGACUCUGGGAUAUGGAGCAGCAGGUACAAUGCGAGCUAGGCCCAGAGAGAUUCCUUACGUAUACGUUCAUGAUGCCGCCCCUGGAUGUUCACAGCACAGAUACAUUCCUCAUUGUGGAGUUUGUGGACUCAGGCCGGAGGUUCAAAUACGAGAACUGCUGCGGGGUAUCUCAAUGGAACUUUCAGCCCCUAUUGGGUGGGGUAGACUAUUCGCAAGGUGAGGGGUGGGGCAUUGGAAAUCUUUAUGGCUUUGAACCGAAGAUGCAUGAUUUCUUUCGCGAGAUGUUAGUGCCUGUGACACUGAGGACAUAUCGGAAUCUGAUGGCACUGCUAGAACUGAGGGAUCCAUACAUGAUCUGUGACGAAGCAGCGGAAAUUCAUGAAAAUUAUUCCGUCAAGAUCGCCUUAAACCAGGAUAUACAAGCUAAACCCGAGUUCACAAAGCAUUUGACCAAAGGGGACUCAUGCUUAGCAGAAUUGGCACAGACCGCAAGGUUACUGGGGAGGCGAUUACGGUUUACUCUGUAUCUUUUAGCAUAUUGCUGGAAAGAGUCAGACCAGUACAAUCCCAUGCCUGUCGAUAGACGCCGGCUGAUCUGA